AUGAUACCUGCCUCCGCCGGCGCUUACUACAGCUCACUCGCCGCAAGGCCAGGACCGCAACGAGCGGAUACUUCCCUGCCGUUGGUCCUCGUCGUCGGAGCAUUGGGCUCGACGGGGAGGAGUAUCACCCGCGGGAUGCUCUACUCCGGAAAAUUCCGCGUUGCAGCGAUGGUCCGACCCGUAUCCAUGAACAAACCUUUGACAGAACAACUGCGCAAGGCAGGCGUCGACAUCCGUCCCGGCGACCUCCACGACGGUGUCGACCGCCUCAAGACCGUCCUCCGCGGGGUCAGCAUCCUCGUCAGCGCCGUCGGCCCCGACGCAAUAGCAGACCAGAAAGACCUCUUCCGUGCCGCGAGAGCGGUCGGAGUCCAGCGGGUCGUCCCCUCCGAGUGGGGCACCCCCGGCGCAGAGGGAGUAAUCCCCGUACGCGACGCCAAAAUCGCGAUCCGGAGCUUCCUCGCCGCCCUCAGGCUGCCGUGCACGGUCAUCGACAUCGGCUGGAGGAUGCAGACGUUCCUCCCGCUCCCGCCGCGAUCCCGGGUGGACCCCCGCAUCCGCGCGCUCACGCACCGCGCGUUCGCGUUCGCGGCCUCCGCGGACCCCGCGCACACGCUCCUGACGGACCUCAACGCGGUCGGGGCGUACGUCGCGCGCGUGCUCGCCGACCCGCGCACCUCGGACCGCAUGGUGAUCGUCUGGGAGGACGAGCGGCCGGUGAGCGCGGCCGCGGCCGCGGGGGAGCGGUUCAGCGGGGAGGGUCCGGCGAUGCGUUCACAGCGAGCGACGAUCACAGAACAAGACCUCACCCGGCUCGAAAAAGAGGCGCACGCGCUGCUCGCGGCGGGCGGCGGCGCGCACCCCGACGCCGAGCAGCUGGAGCUGCAGAUCUGGUGGUGCGGGUUCGCGCGCUCGGUGUGCGUCCUCCGCGAGAACACGCUCGAGAACGCGCGACGGCUCGGGUACGUCGACGCGCGGGCGCUGUACCCGGACAUACGCGCGAGCAUGCUCGAGGAGUUCGCCGGGCGGUUCUAUCGGAUGAAGGACCCGAGCGAGGGCGGGUGGAUGUGA